UCGGUUUGAUUUCAUUUCAUUUCAUUUUGUUCGGCACAUGUAAAAUUUGUUCGAAAAUUUUCGUCUCCUUCUUCGGUGUGUCAUUUACGAUAACAUUUUAUUUUUUUUUCUUUCGGAUUUCGUUUGAUUGUUGUUUAUGUUUGUGUUGAGUCAAAAUUUGAAGAAGAAAAAAAUGGUCCGAAUUCGAUAGUAAUUUCUUGGAAAUUUCCUGUCGUAUCGAAACAUCAGCCACAGUAGCCACAGCCGCGGCAGUAGGACAGAAGAGAGAGAGAGAGAUAGAGAAAAAAUGCUACGGUUUAAAUUGAGAGUGCGAACGCAGAAACCGUGAGCCAAAUUUACAAAUGCUAUUAAAUUUGACCGAGAAAUGAAAAACAUCUGCAUUUCAUUUACUUUCCAUUCAAACAACAGUUCAUCUGGUUUCCUUCCAAAAGAUAAAUAUGUUGAGUAUUUGUAAAGAGAAUUCUCUUGCAGAAAAAAAAAUUAAAAUUUUCGGUGUAUUCGAAAUUAAAAAAAAAAAAAAAAUGCCGUGUGUUUGAUGCAGUGGUGUUCGGAGAUAAGUUGAUAUCGUGUGUGCUAUUAUAUGCCUGCGUUCGUACGGUAUUUUUCGCUCACUCUUUCUCUAUCUCUUUUGCUCGUAAUGUUGUGCAUUGACCGUGCAGCGUUCCGAUGAUAGGAAGUGGCUGUACUGGUCUCGUGGCCUCGUAUUGGGUGUUUACUCAGAUGAAAAAACCAAAUCAAAUAAGCUCACCAAAGCCGCCGAAAAAUACAAUGCACAAACCAACGGACAGCUGUUGCAAUUGAUUGACCUGUCCGCUUCGAACUAAUUUCAAAUGCGUAAUCCACACAAAAUCAGAUAAAUCACUUGCAACAAGACAAGCAAAUAAGUUAAUUGUUAGCUACAAAAACUGAACAGAAAAAAAAACGAAACUAAAACCCAUACAGACACACACACAUUGAGAAAGAGUGAGAGCAAAAGUGAGAAAGGUAGUUGGGGUGUGUGUGAGAGAGAGCAAGAGCGAGAGAUAGAGAGUGAGCAAAAGAGGAUAGAACACACACACACACACACUCAAUAUACUCAGAACUAUAUGAAUUUCCGCAACCCAUCUUGAUUAAUCGACUAGCCAAACGCAUUCACAAUUGAAACAAAUUGUAAAGCGAGAUUGCACGAUUAACAGAGAGCAAAAUCCGUUCAGGUUCUCUUCCCCCAGUUUGAUUGUGCGCCCGUGAUUGAGACCGCAAAAACGAGAGUGACAAAUAGCAGCAUAACAAAGCAACCAAACACACGCAAACGUAGCAAAAGAAAAAAAUCAUUUCAACCAAGUUUAAUUGUGGCAUUGAGAUUAUCUGAGCAGUGGAAAUUCGACCGGAAGACGAUACAAGAUCAUCACACGGCACACGACCCAAUACAAACUAAAGCAAAGACUUGAAGAAAUAUAAAAUACGGUUAAAUUGAUUCCAUCCAUAUUGGCAAUUAGCUUAGAUUACGUUAAGACGCUUACAAUUCUAAGGUUAGAGACGGGGAAAUCGAGAAAGAGUUAAGGGAUUAACAAAACGACAAGAUGUCAAGACGCCAGUCAUCGCCUCAUGUCAGUGGCGGAGCCAAUGCAACGAACAACAAUACGUUGAGUGGAUUGAAUGCAUCGUCAUCAUCAUCGUCGGUCGCAAUGUUUCAGCAGCAAAAUCAAAACCAGCCCGAUAAUUCGUCGAGUCGAAUACAAGCCAACCCAUCGUCCAGUGUUCAUGUUUCAGCUGGCGCCAGCAAUUCCGUUGACGACGAUGCUGCUGCACAAAGUUCAUAUACCGGUCGACACCACGGUAACAGUAUCAGCAGUAACAAAAGAUCUAUCGCAUUGAAUGGCAUCGGUUCGACGGUCGAGAAUAAAAAUGUCGAUUUUCUGUGCCCCAUUUGCUUUGAUUUAAUCAUCGAGGCGCAUAUCACACGUUGCGGCCACACAUUCUGCUUUCGAUGCAUCACCAAAUCCGUGGAAAUAUUCAAACGUUGCCCAAAAUGUAGCUACACACUAUCCACCUGCGAAAAUAUCUUCCCGAAUUACCUGCUCGACGAACUGAUUACAAAAUAUAAGAUUAAAAAGCAAAUCCAUGACAAAAUCAUUGGCGGCCGAACCAGCCGAGGUGCUACAGUUGUUGAAGAAGCACUCGGACCGGCCGGCGAUGGUCUAAAAAAUUUCCUUACAUCUGAAUCACAAAAGUUGACGCUACCUGACGUUAAUAUCAUUAUGGAUAUUUUGCAACAGCGCAAACAAUUACUCGAAGCCGAAUCGAAUACCGCACAAAAUCGAUUGUUGUACGAUUUUCUGAAGCAAUUGCUGCAGUUAAAGGAGAAGAAAAAGACUCUAAUCGAAAAUGAGAUUGACUUAAUUCAAAAAGAUUUGGCCGAAGUGGAAUUUCUACUGAAAAAUACGACGAUGGAUACAGCAGCGGCAGCUGCAUCGGCUGCAAUGCCAGCCGCCUCAUCAACAGCAGUAGCAGCGGUAUCGUCAGCGAUUGCCACUAAUUUUCUAGACACGCCAAUGACAACGAGUGCCACUGAGGAAAAUGAAGCGGAAGGCGAAGCAUUGCCCCAUUCGAAUUCAAUGUCCAAAGACUCGGCAGCGCGUACCGAAAGCUUUGAAACGGUUCUGAGUGGCGAUGAUGGUUUCAACACCCUCAAACCAGCACCAACAUCGCAGACAUACGUAUCACGCAAGCGACGAAUGUACGCCCAUUUCGAUGACUUUGUCACAUCAUAUUUCAUAAUUCGAAAUCAAGAUCUGAUGAUCGGUCCAAAAGAUGAGGUCAAAAUGGAUGAGAGCGGUGGUGGUUUUGGCAAAAAACUCGAUCUCGAUCCAAAUACAAAGCGCAAAAACCCGAGCCUUGAUUUAUUCCGUGAGAAUUUAGUGUCAUUUUCCAAAUACAAUACGCUUCGGCCGUUGGCCACCAUGCAUUAUUCAAGCGAUUUGCACAACAAUUCCACCAUUGUAUCUACCAUUGUGUUCGAUAAGGAUAAUGAAUUUUUUGCCAUCGGUGGCGUUACACGACGUAUCAAAAUCUUUGACUACUUGGCUGUGGUUCGUGAUACCGUUGACAUUCACUAUCCGAAUGUUGAAAUGAUAUCGAACAGUAAGAUUUCGUGCAUCACAUGGAAUUCAUACUAUAAACAUGUGAUGGCAUCGAGCGAUUACGAGGGCGCUGUCACACUGUGGGACGUUCAAACUGGCACACAAACGAGAACAUUUAACGAGCAUGAGAAACGUUGUUGGAGCGUUGAUUUCAAUAAUAUUGAAGCCCGUUUGAUUGCAUCCGGUUCGGAUGAUGCACGUGUCAAACUAUGGUCAACACAAGACGAACGUUCGAUUGCAACGCUCGAAGCCAAAGCAAAUGUGUGCUGCGUCAAAUUCAAUCCGAAGAGCCGAUAUCAUUUGGCUUUCGGUUCGGCCGAUCAUGAUGUUCACUACUACGAUUUACGGAAUAUGUCAAAGGCGCUGUGUGUGUUCAAGGGCCACAAAAAGGCCGUUUCAUAUGUGAAAUUUUUGAAUACCAACGAAAUCAUUUCGGCCAGCACUGAUAGCCAACUGAAAUUAUGGAAUGUCAAUCAGCCGCCGUACUGUUCGCGUUCGUUUGUCGGUCAUGUAAACGAGAAGAAUUUCGUGGGUUUGGCUACGGAUGGUGAUUAUAUUGCAUGUGGUAGCGAAGACAAUGCACUGUACAUUUACUAUAAAGGGCUGUCGAAGCCAUUGUUCAAUUUCCGCAUUGAUAGCUGUAGCACGGGUAAUGUGAAUAGCAACGGAAUGAUCAGCAGCAGUGUGCGCGGUUCGGUCGGUGCAGGCAGUGGCGGUGGUGGUGGUGGUGGCAGCAGUGGCAUCAGUUCGAAUGCAGUCGGCAGUAGUGGAAUCAGCGGAACCGCCUCCGAAACCGAUCGCUUCAACGAUGUCAAUGAAUUUGUGUCAGCCGUUUGCUGGCGAAAACAGUGCAAUGUUGUAUUGGCCGCUAACAGUCGAGGACUAAUCAAAGUCCUGGAACUCGUUUAAAUUUGUCGUUUUUUUUUCUCUUUAAAUUUGUUCAAUUUAUAUGAAGCGAAAAAAAAAAGAAAUGGAAGGAAAGAAAAAAAAAAGCGAGGAAAAAAGAAUUAUUUGCAGUUAAAUUUUGAGAAAAGUUCAAGUCGAAUAAAACCUCGUUUUUAUUUAUGAUUUCAUCAUUGUACGAAACCAAGCGAAAUUGGGACAAUAAAAAAAAAUCCAAACAAAAAAUUAUGUGACAUGAUGACAUUCAAUUCCAUGUUUCGAAACCAAAAUCCAUGGGAUCACCAUUAAAUCGCUGGGCUGAGAGAACAUGUGUAUUCCAAAUACCAAACAAACUUUCGAGUUUGCUGACUGAUGAUGAUAACAACAAUAGUUUUUUUUUUCUCGUCCGAUGACAGAUGAACAAAACCAAAACCUACAAUCGACAAACUAAAAUUUAUCGUAAACGAAGCGUAAGAUAGUAGUGAUGCCAAUGUUAGAAAUGUGGAUUAAAAACCAACAGAAAUUUGUGGGCAAUAAUAAAAUCAUAUUAUCCAGUAACUGUAUUUAGAUUAGACAAUAUUUAUUAUGUUAACAAAAGAAGAGAGAACAAUGCAAAUAAUGAUGUGUGAUUUCAUUUGAAAACUAAACGAGACAAACAGAAAAAAAUUGUUCGUAAAAUCAAAACUAUCUAUCUUACAAAUAGAAAAUGAAAAUGUCCGGCUCUAGAAAAUGCUAAUACUUAAUUCAACCCUAGAUAGAAUGAGGGCAAAAAUAAACAAUACAAAUCCAACUAAUUCGAAUAACCAAUUCUAGUGUCUGCUAAGACAAUUUCAAUAAUCUGAUGACAAAAGUGUACAAUUUUCUAUUUAAAAACACGCUCAGCUCAAUUCCAUUCGAAUUUCAUUUCUAUUAUUUCACACCGAGAAAUUCUUCACAUCGAUGCAUGAGUAAAAUAAAUGUCAACGAUUGUGAAACAGAUUUAUCAAAUGGUACCGUCUAUUUUUAGCCAUUUUCUCACAAUACGAAAGUGGCCACUGUCCACUGUCUCUCUGCCUCUCAAUUCAUCUCUUUUUAUUCCAAAUCAUUUCACACGCUAGCUUCAAAAAUAUAUCAUACCAUUUCAUAUAGUCAAUUAAAAGUUUCCGUCAUCACAUAUACCUAUAUUUUGUGAUGGAUGUGUGAUUUAAUUGAAAAUGCAUUUUCAACAAAUCCAUUGUAAAUCUUCCACAAUUUCGCCGCUCUCAAAUGUCCAACGAUGAUCUGUAGAAACGAAUAUUUUGGUUGAAUGAAAAUUAUGAGAGAAAAAAAACAGACAAUUUUUUUGAUACGUUUAUUUAUCGUUUAUUUACUUGGUUCAAAUGACUAUAUAUAAUAUAUAUAUAUAUUUUAUGAGAAAAUUUACAAAGAGAAAGAAAAAAAAAAUGAACAAAUUUAACUAAGAAACCGGAUAGGAAUGAAACAUGCGAUAAAUGAAACUAAAUAGACGUAUUUAAAUUAUGUUAGACACAACUAGAUACCGCGUUUAAUUUAAAUUCAAUUGACAAUUGACUUAGGAUUUCGAGACGAAAAUGAACAACCAACAAAUAGUGACAAACAACUUAAAUAAAUUCGAGAAAGAAAUAAAAACUUAAUGAAUAAAAAGAAAACAAACAAAAAAUGUUCACUAGUAUUUAAUUCAUUUUAUGAUUAAAAAAGAAGAAAAAAUCAAACAAAUGCAUAGAAAUUAUUGUUGAGCGAUUUCAUUGCUCGGAAAUAAAAAUCAUUUACAAAUCACAGCCACUUUUUUCAGUGGUCCAAAUAUAUAUAUACAUACAUUUAUUUGAGCUUUAAAAUUACAAAUGUUUCUUCUGGUGCGCACAAUAUUAUUUCAAACUCGAUGGUAUUCAAUUGUGUAGAAGGCUUUCGACUACUUUGGCCAAACCACACAAAAUGACGAGAACCAAUUGUAGCUAAAAACAAGAGACAACAAAAAU